UGAACAGAGGAGGACUCAGCUGAGCUUUCUGUCUCUGAACUUCUGGAGAGAGCCAACAGUAAUCUGAUCCGUUCCGACAAUGAUCCCAUUCUGAUUGACGGAGACGUCGCCAUCGACAGCGAGGCAGAGAGAAAUGCCGAUCCCUGCACCAGCCGAGGCUGCAUGUGGGGCAAGUCGACUGAUGGGAAGGUCUACAUUCCUUAUUACAUCGCCAGUCACUUCUCCUCCCGUGAGAAGGCCAUCAUCACCCGUGGUCUGGAGUCAUUUUCUUCCUUCUCCUGCAUCCGCUUCAGGCCCAGCAAAAGCAGUGACCGCGACUGGCUGAGCAUCGAGUCCCAGAAUGGCUGCUACUCCUUUGUUGGCCGUCGUGGCGGUAAGCAGGUGGUGUCUCUGGCCCGUAGUGGAUGCCUUUACCACGGAACCGUCCAGCAUGAGCUGCUCCAUGCUCUUGGAUUCAACCAUGAACAGACACGCUCUGACAGAGACAACCACAUCAGAGUCCAGCUGCAAAAUGUUCAGUCUGGAAUGGAGCACAACUUCAGGAAGAUUGCCACCCUCAACCAGGGCACUCCCUAUGAUUACAACUCCGUCAUGCAGUACCACAAGUAUGCCUUCUCCAAGAACAACCAGCCCACCAUGGUCCCCAUCCCCAACUCCAACGUGUCCUUUGGCAACGCUAAGGAGAUGAGUCAUAAUGACAAGGCCAGGCUCAACACACUUUACAAGUCUAGAAGCCUGUUCGGAUGUGCUGACAGACAGAUCAGAGGGAAGAUUGUCUCCUCGUGCUCACUGAACAACAGAAACUGCAGAUCUGAAGUCAUCAGCACAACAGCAUUCUCUUGGUCUGCUGCUGCUGUCCCACAACCAACUAUGAUCCUCCAGGCUGCUGCGCUCAGUGUCCUUUUCUGCUCCAUCCACAGUUUUACUAUACUGUCCUCUUUUGAAAAGAGUAAUGAGUACUCUGGCAACACCAUUGAGGAGGAGGAUUUUAGUGUCUCCACGCUGUUAGAGAAGGCCAAUGCUAAUGUUGGAAAGAACUUAGAUGAGCCUCUAGUGAUGUUUGGAGACAUAGCAAUGCCAACCGGUCUGCAGAACGCUGAUCCCUGCACAGCACGAGGCUGCCUGUGGCCUAAAGCCACUGAUGGCAACGUCUAUGUGCCUUUCCUCAUCUCCACGCAGUUCUGUAUGUCUGCUUCUUUAAUAGUUACUAUAACUCAGGAUUGCUCAUAA